UAUCUGUUCCCAAACCGGAAGAAGGGCUCAGACGGGCUUCCGGAAGGCGGUGAGAGUGGAAGGUGGUGGAGUUUUUCCUCAGGCUUCGGGCGUGAGCCCUCACGCCAGGUCAGGAAUAACAGCAGGGCUUUGGAUUGCAAAGCUGUCCUCUAUAUCUGUGGAAAAUGUGAACAGAAUCCAACGACGCUUCCAUCAUGAGACGCCACUGAGCUUCUUCUGGUUACCCUGGGAAGUUCACAUUGAGGUGAGAAACAGAUGCAUAUGUUCCCUCAUCUGCAUUCAUAAUAAGCAAAUAAUUUUCUUCACAGGCGAAAUACUAUGAAGCUAGUGCAUACUUUGUGGGACAACAAUUUGGGCCUUUGAUUAAUUUGUAUUUCCGGUUUCAUCUGAAAUGGAAGCAGAUUCGACUAUUCCAAUUUGGCAGAACAAACCACAUGGUUCUUCGCGCAGCUUCGUGAGAAGAAUUGGAACAAAUCUUCCUUUAAAACCGUGCCCAAGAGCAUGCUUUCAGGAGCUACCAAAUGUUUCAGAUCUCUAUUUAAAUGAUACACCUCCAGUCCCUACACUGGCAGAUGUGGCAUGGAUAGCAUCUGAUGAUGAAGAGACAUAUGCUAGAGUCAGGACAGACACUCGUCCGCUAAAGCACAAGUGGAAACCCACCCCGUUUUUCGUCAUUCAGAGGAAUGCUUCUGUCCCGAAUUUGAGAAAACAAGAAGAAAAGUUGUUGGCUUUGAAGAAACCGGGUCUACCUGCUUUGAGUCGGACUACAGACCUCCAGGAAGAGCUGAGUCAUCUGCGGAGCCAGAUCGCAAAGAUUGUUUCUACAGAUUCUGCUUCCACUUCACUAACGCCAGAUUUAUUAUCUCCAGACAAUUCAAUUGUCUCUUCUCCUUUACCUUGUUUUGGAUCCUCAUUCCAAUCUACAACUUCCUUUGUCAUUAGUGACAUCACAGAGGAGGAGGCAGAAUUAGAAAGCCCAGAGCUUCCAUCUGUUUCCAUGCUUUGUUCUGCAACCUCUGAAUGUUGUAAAGCAGACCCAAAGGAUUCGGAUGACGAAGAUUCGGUGUCGCUGUCGAAGGCCAGCAGCUUUGCGGAUAUGAUGGGCAUUCUUAAAGACAUUCAUAGGAUGAAACAGAACAAAGACUUGAACAAAACUUUACUGAAAGAAGAAGAUCCUGCAAUUCUUAUAGCAGAAGUUUUGAGAAGAAAAUUUGCCUUGAAGGAUGAAGACAUAAACGUGAAAAAGAAUUGACAUUAUGCUCGUUUAUUACCUUAUAAAAGCAGAUCCUUGUGCUUCUGAGAUUUUUCUCUACAGUGGCUACCUUCCUCAGAACAUCAAACUUCCCUUAGGGAUUAGA